AUGGCGGGCGCGGAAAAGUCUGUCGUUGUGGCCGCGAGGCCGACGACGGCAGAUGUCAGCACGCAUUCUGCGAGUGAUUCCGAGGGCUCUGCGACCAAAUUCAACGAGCAGACCAACUAUGUUCCGAGGAGCACCAUCAUUACGAUAUUUCUGGCUUGUGCCAGUGUCGAUUUGGUCGCGUUGAUGGACCAGACGACACUCGCCGCCAGUUUAUACAUUAUCGGUGCCUCUUUCGGGUCCACGAAGGAAGUUUCCUGGAUCGCAAGUGGUUACUUCAUUACGUCCACCAUUGGCCAAUUAAUUUACGGUCGGCUGUCCGAUAUCUGGUCGCGCAAAGUCGUUUUGCUCGCCGGUCUCGCCAUUUUCUUCCUUGGUUCCCUCGCCUCGUCGCUCGCGCAAUCGGUCCUCCAGCUCACCGUCUUUCGCGCCUUUACUGGUAUCGGUGGAGGCGGUCUCAUGACCGUCGCGCAGCUCAUUGUCAGCGAUGUCGUGCCCUUGCGAGAGCGGGGAAAGUACCAGGGUAUUCUGGGCGCCGUCGUCGCCAUCGCCAACGGUAUCGGUCCCGUAAUUGGAGGUGCUCUCUCGUCAAAGUCGAAAGAGUCCUGGCGCUGGAUCUUUCGUCUCAAUCUACCACUGACUCUGCUCACGACAUGCUGCGUCGUCUUCAUCAUGCCGCUGAAGAAGGUGCAGGGAGACUGGAGAAUUAAACUAAAGGCCGUUGACUUUAUCGGCAUCCUUCUCUCUUUUGCAGGCAUGAUUGCUGUCAUUCUCGGCCUCACAUGGGGCGGAAGUGAAUAUCCUUGGAAUUCUGCACCUGUCAUCGCAUCUCUCGCCGCCGGUGGCGUAAUCUGCGUCGCCUUUGUCCUCUGGCAAUGGAAAGGACCCGAGUAUCCUCUGGUACCUUUGCACAUCUUCAAGUCCAAGAUCGUCAACGGUGCCUGUCUGACCAUGAUGAUCAACGGCUGGAACUUUGUCAUGCAAGUCUACUAUGUCCCGACUUUCUAUCAGCUCGUCUACGGCUACUCGGCCACCAAGUCCGGCGCUCUCCUACUGCCCAUUACCAUAGUGCAGACGGUCAGCAGCACCGUGUCCGGCCUCAUUGUGCAUUGGGUCGGGAGAUACCGCGAGUGCAUCCUGUUCGGCUGGGUUUGCUGGGCUGUUGGACUCGGGCUCAUGUCCACUUUGGACGAACACACAGGCCUUGAUAAGCAGAUUGGAUACUCUGUUUUGAUCGGUAUCGGUGUCGGAAACACGAUGCAGCCCGCCUUGAUUGCCGCACAGGCUGGCGUCUCAAGACGUGACAUGGCCGUUGCCACAUCUUUUCGAAACUUCAUCCGAAAUGUCGGCUCAACCCUCGGCUUGGCAGUUUGUGGCUCCAUCAUCAACAACGUCUUGAGCAGCGCCAUCCACACUCUCGACUUGGACGACGGAGCUCUCAAGGAGCUUCUGCGCAACCCGCGCACGUACACAGACACGCUGUCCCCCGACGAAGCUGCCAGGAUUCGCGGUGUCGUAAUUCCCGCCUACAAAAGGGGAUUUCGCCUCAUCUUUAUUGUCGGAGCAGGACUGGCAGUACUCGGAUUUUUCCUCGCCUUCGUGUUGAUGCCCCAGGUGUCCUUGUCACGACCUGAUGACGAAAAGCUAAAGGAGGAGGGGCGAAAAGCCCACGAGGCGCGCAAGCAGAAAAGCAAGGCUUGA